GAAAGGCUGUGUGUUUACUUCCGGCCACCCUGCGAGCGAGUGAGUCGGGAGCGAGAGUGUGUGUGUGUGUGUCAGUCACUCCGGCUGGUCGGCUGAAGGGAACCGGCGGGCGCUGCCUCGGGGGCGGAAACCCAGCGGAGCCGCCCGGAGAAGAAGCCCCAGGCAGAGAGGACGCCGGGCGGGAGAGGCACCCAUGAGCCGCCUCCGAGGCCGGAGCGAGCGGUGAGGAGAGGAGUCCGGGCGGGCAGGCAGGGACACCGCUAGAGCCAGCCGCCCGCCCGCCCGCCUGCCUGCUCGGUCGCUCCCCCGGCCGGCCCAGCACCGCGGCGGCGCAUAGCAGCAGGCGGCGUCAUGGACUGGCUCAUGGGGAAAUCUAAGGGAAAACCAAAUGGUAAAAAGCCAGCACCAGAAGAAAAGAAAAUCUACCUAGAGCCAGAAUAUACGAAGUCCAGAAUUACUGACUUUGAAUUCAAAGAGUUAGUUAUGUUACCACGUGAAAUAGACCUUAAUGAGUGGCUAGCCAGCAACACAACAACCUUUUUCCACCACAUCAAUUUACAGUAUAGUACAAUCUCUGAAUUUUGUACAGGAGAGUCAUGUCAGACCAUGGCAGUGUGCAAUACACAAUACUACUGGUAUGAUGAGCGGGGAAAGAAGAUAAAGUGCACUGCCCCUCAGUACGUUGAUUUUGUCAUGAGUUCGGUGCAGAAGCUAGUGACAGAUGAAGAUGUAUUUCCUACAAAAUAUGGUAAAGAAUUUCCCAACUCCUUUGAAUCCCUAGUGAAGAAAAUCUGCAAAUACCUGUUCCAUGUGCUGGCCCACAUCUAUUCCUCACACUUCAAGGAAAUUUUGGCACUGGAGCUACAUGGACACUUGAACACACUCUACACACACUUCAUCCUAUUCAUCAGGGAGUUCAACCUGGUGGACCCUAAAGAAACCACCAUCAUGGAUGAUCUCACAGAGGUCCUCUGUACCAGCAGUGGAAGCAGCGGCCACGAGAGUGGUAAUGGCAGCAGUGGCAGCAGUAGUGGCAGCAGCGCUGGAGCACAGAACCAUGUGAAGGAGAGAUGAGUCUUCCCAUCAGGAGCAAAACUAAUGCUAACAUUUUUUUAAAAAAUACUCUAUAUUCUCUGUGUGUAUGUGUAUGUAUAUGUGCAUAUGUAUAUAUAUACAGACAUACACAGCCAUGACAGUUUAAGCAAUUAUGCUGCCACCACAGGACAUGUAGACUUAUGGAACUGUAUGGAGCUUUUGUUAACUGCAUCAUCCUUGGCGAGAAGUUGCACCAAUUCUAUUUUAUUGUCUCCUGCUCCCCGUUUUCUUUUUCUUCCCUAAGAGAUGGAUGAGUGCUGUUUUUAGAGAAGAACCACAUUUUUGAGUUGGGCCACUGCUUUGUUUUUGUUUUUUAAUGCCCACUCUUUCCUCCUUUUGUUUGAUCUUGCGUGAAAGCCCCAUUUCUGUCUGUCUGUCUCUCUAGGAUGGUGAUACUGCCAUUUUUAAGAUGUUAUAAGAGGUAACUUUUACUUAUAAAGUGGCUUAAGAUGCAGAUAUUUUGAUGGGUUGGGGGGGGCUUGGGAUUUGUCUUUUGUUUUUACUUAAACUACCCUCUUUCCCUCUUCUCCCCCCUUUUCAAACCUUUUGCAUCUAGCCCUUUAGUGGCUUACAAUGGGAAGAAGUGUGUUUCGGCUUUACUAGAGUAGCAAUAAGGCUUCCAGCGCACUUAAAGGAUGUGGUUCUCAUUCUACCUGGUUCCAACAUGUGAACCUUGAAAGAGCAUCCAGAAACCUAUUUUGCUUAUUGCUCCUAGUUCCUCUGUCUGACCUCCUGGCUCCUCCUUUCUUAUACGCAAGUUCAGGACAAAAACAGUGAAGCUUAGAGUCCAAAAUCAGUGAUAAAAAUGGCAGCCAUUUAUUGUAUGUUGAGUAGGAGGAGCUGGCGCUGGAUGGAAGGGGCAGGCAGUCCAUCACCAACCAUGCUAGAGAGAUGGCUGUUGGCAUAUAAUCAUACUGUUGGCUUCUUUUAGUUCAUCUGUCCAAUAAUAAUAAAAAAUUCUAUCAGGCAUAA